AUGGAAACACUAUGGUGCAAAUCGAGGGGCUUGGUCAUGAAGAGUGCCCCUCAAACCGACACUUCAAGUGACCGUAACAUGUUCGCACACGUGGUGUGGGAGGCGACCCUUUUGGGUAUUCGUUGGUAUCUUCUAUCACAGCCAGAGGAGGAGGGAGGUGCUGGCGAGAUGCGGAAAAGAUAUGAUCGCCCAUACUAUUUUCGAAAAACACUGGAUGAGAUUGAUCCUCGAAUCUGCAAGGAGAUGGGGCUGGCAUCCUCGAGCCUUCUAUCUCAUACUGAUGGAAUCCUGUCUGCACUGAACAGAGACAUCUGUUGUAUUGUCAAGCGUAUUGGCCACACAAGCAUCCCCAUGGAGGUCCUGGGCUUGGUGCUGGCACCGGUGUGGUCACCCAGCGAAUGCUGGGCUCUUGAUGACAAGUAUGCUUCUUAUUGCUUGAGCGGCGCGACUCCAGAAUUGCUCAACCAGACCCGGUGGGCGGCUCUCAGCUCCAGCACCGCAACCUGGUUUUCAAGUGGUGGCAAGAUUACGACCAAGAUGCCCGGGCUUGGCUGGACAUGUCAUCCGUUAGGGCCGACGCAGCUCCCGCUCUACGGGUUUUCGGAAUCGACCAUAUCUUUCAUGGCGGUGGAUGAUACUGUGGUGAUGCUUCGAGCCGAUGAAUUCGACCGGCCUGGCGCCGCUUACUGA